UCACUCAAUAGUAGACGUAGUCCACACACCGAACCCCAAAAAAGCCCAAACCUUCAACUAACCGCCACCAAAACCACCACCACUACUACCAUAACUGCCACCAACACCACCAUAUUUAUUAAAAACCAUCGAAUUGUUUGAUUCUCCAAACACAAAUAGGAAAAACAAGAAGAUGUACAGCGAUGUGUCAAGCUGCAAUACUUACAACUAUGGCGACGCCUUGUAUUGGGACGCCCGUUAUGUCCAAGAGGCUGAGAGCUUCGAUUGGUACCAGCGCUACGCUUCUCUUCGCCCCUUUGUUCGUCGCUAUAUCCCCACUUCCUCUCGUGUCCUCAUGGUUGGCUGUGGCAAUGCCCUUAUGUCGGAGGACAUGGUUGAUGAUGGAUAUGAAAACAUAAUGAACGUUGAUAUCUCGUCAGUGGCCAUUGACCUAAUGAGAAGAAAAUACGAGCAUAUGCCUCAGCUCAAUUACAUGGAAAUGGAUGUUAGAGAUAUGAGCUUCUUCCCAGAUGAAUCUUUUGAUGCUGUCAUCGACAAGGGGACUCUUGAUUCUUUAAUGUGUGGCAGUGAUGCUCCUAUUAGUGCUGCCAGAAUGUUGGGGGAAGUAAGCAGGCUUCUUAAACCCGGAGGAAUUUAUAUGUUGAUAACCUAUGGUGAUCCUAAAGUAAGGAUGCCACAUUUGACCCGGUCCAUUUACAGUUGGAAAAUUGUAUUGUAUGCGAUACCUAGACCAGGUUUUAAAAAACCAGCAGGUAGUUCAUCAAACUCACAUUUGGAACCAGUUCCCAUUACCGAGACGGGCUUACUUCCAGCAGAUUUUGUUUUGGACGAUCCAGAUUCUCACUUUAUAUAUGUGUGUAAAAAGAUGGAUGAAACAACAGACCUGAGUAAUAUAUCGUCCCAUCCAUUGAUUGCUGAUGCUUCAUAGGACAAAGUUACAUUCAAGCGCUAAUGUUCUCUGUGUAUGAUUAAUGUUGAUUCUACCACGAGGACUAAUCAUUGUUGCCCUUUUGAGUUUUUGUUUCAAAAUAGAGAUUCUGUUGUUACUUCCCCUUGACAUUUAAACUUAGCUGCUGGUUGUGCAAAUCAAUAUUGAAAGGGUUGGACGAUAUCUCAAUACGGGAGAAAAGCCAGUGAAAUAGGCACUUUUGUAGAGGUGUAAUCUGGUUUCUAGCUCAAAACUUCUUUGUUUGACAUGAAUUUCAUUGUAAAACUUGUUUGGAGUUGCA